AUGGACACAUCUGAAAGGAGAUCCGUCGCUCACCUUGGGAACACCAGGAGAUCAAGUUGUUAUCCAAAAUCGGAUACCUUGAGCCGCAAGUGUGGUAAUGAGAAGAUCGUACGACUGACUUCCAUCCAUUUGUUGACAAGUAAAUGGCAUGAAGGAAAACUUGAUCUUACCCGACUAUUGGAAUGGAAUCAAGGUCAGGGUGGAGCUACAAGUGUUGAUGAAAUCUUUCAUAAGGCCAAUGAAGCAGCGAAACGCCUUCUUAUCACUGAGGUCGGAAAUGCUCUCGAAGAAGCCGAACGAAACAUGUAUGACUCUAGAAUUCACAGCAAAACGGAACUUUUCAAGAGAUUAGCAUGUAUGCAACAGAAUAAAAUGCAAGAACAACAACACGAAAUAGAAGUUUUAAGACAACAAGUUUGA